CGGAUAGAGGCGGCGAGCGGGGCAGCGGCACAGCGGCACAGAGCUCUCUCUCACACACACAGCGCAGCCAUGGGCCUCACCAUCUCCUCCCUCUUCUCCCGGCUCUUCGGCAAGAAACAGAUGCGGAUUCUCAUGGUCGGUUUGGAUGCUGCCGGCAAGACAACUAUUCUGUACAAAUUAAAGUUAGGGGAAAUUGUGACCACUAUUCCCACCAUUGGUUUUAAUGUGGAAACCGUCGAAUACAAAAAUAUCUGCUUUACUGUGUGGGACGUGGGUGGCCAAGAUAAAAUCCGCCCCCUAUGGAGGCAUUAUUUCCAGAACACACAGGGCCUCAUAUUUGUAGUAGAUAGCAACGACAGAGAGAGAAUCCAGGAAGCCGCAGAGGAAUUACAGAAAAUGCUCCAAGAGGAUGAGCUUCGGGACGCAGUGCUGCUGGUCUUCGCCAACAAACAAGAUCUGCCCAACGCAAUGGCCAUCAGUGAGAUGACAGACAAGCUGGGACUUCAGAAUCUCCGCAACAGGACUUGGUACGUACAAGCAACCUGCGCUACUCAGGGCACCGGCCUGUACGAAGGCCUCGAUUGGCUCUCAAACGAACUCUCCAAGCGCUAAAGGGACAGUCCCGCCUCCACCCGAGGACACAGUGGAUAGAAUCGGCCUAGGCUCGUAACAUCCAAACUAGUUUUGCAUCUUGGUUAUUAAACGUGUAAAAGAUCUGGGAUGGGCGACACCCCCCCCUCUAAUGUUUUCAAGAUUAUUUUGUUGUCGGUUAUUUCCAGAGUUUUCUCCCAGUUGCCCCCCCCGGGGCAAUAGCCGGGCAUCAAAUAACCGGGAAAAAACAAAUAAAUUCUCCCUUGUGUGAAAGUGUAUUCUGGUUUUACUUCCCCUUUACCCCCCCCCCCCCCCCCCCCCCCGAGCCUCUCUGCCUGGGCUUAAUUAUUGUGCCGCUCUAGAACGGAUCCCACGCAUGCCCCUUUCUGUUGCGUUCUGCCCCCCUGUACGGCUGGGCGCCCCCUGUAGCCCCCCCUGCAGGCACCAUUUGCUUUACUAAUAAUUUUAAGUGUCCCUAUUUUUGUUUUUUUGCCCCCCCCCCCCCCGUCAUUCCAUAGAUGUUCUGCUCUAGCAUUCCAGAAAUAUUUAUUUUUCACCUUUUGCCAAAAAUAGUGAUUUUUUUUGUUAGUACUUUUCAUGCCAGCGACUGAAUCAGAACACUAGAAUACGGCCAGAGGGGAAAAUGGCUGCUCGGGGGAGGGACCCGACAGCUGAUUGGCUGAGAAGCAGCACAGGGCCACGCCCCUUGUUACUCAUCAGAAUGCCUCCCUUGUGGAUUUUUUUAGGAACAUUGCAUGUCGCUUUGCCCCAGUGUUUGCCCAUUGUAUCAUAGCUCCGCUGUUUUAUUGUUUAUUGGUGAGCACACCCUCAUGAUGCAACAAUUCUUGGUUAUUUUUUUUGGUUUUUUUUUGAAAAAACUCCUCAACCUGAACAAUGGAAGUUUUCUUCAUAACCCACUAAGAAUUAUUCCUAAUAAAAUUAUUAAAAAAAAAA